GUGUAGUACGGUAUGUACAAGCUCCGCCUCCUCGGUGACGCACAACGGAGGACUUUGUGCACAGCUGUGUGUUUAUUGUGGCAGUGACUGAAGUCUGAACAGCGCCGAAGAGUGCGAAGGCCUUCAGAAAGAAAAAAGUGGGCUCAUGGUGACGACCCUCAGACUGGAUCGUAUUGUUAGAUUUGCAUCUAAGAAAGUGUUUCCUGGAGAGAACUGGCGACCUGAAGCCUACAUGGAGGCGCUGCAGUCCUGUGGUUUUGCAGAUGUCCGAAUGGAGAACAGAACAGACAAGCUUAUCCCAUUUCAAGCAAUUUAUGCCACUGCUGCAAAAGGUGCAUGAAAGGUGUGAUGGAAUGGUGACCCGCCUGCUUUUCGCCUAGUGUUACCGGGGAUAGGCUCUGGAUCCACAACCACCCUGACCAGGAUAAAACAGUUAUGGAAAAUAAAUGAAUCUUGAAGAUACAGUAUAUGUAUAUUUCUGCUAAUUAUUUUUAUCAUUUAGUAAAAAAAAAUAUAUAGUUGUACAAUGUUUGCACCAGAUGAAAACAUAUCUUUAAGUGGAUGUGAAAAUGUUGGGCACUGAACAACAACUGAUGUGCUUGGGUGUUUGUGCUUCAUCCUUGUGGUAGUGCUGUGUGAGAGAACAUCAGUGCUUCAUUUUGAACACCCAAACAUUGACCAUAGGUUGAUUGAUGGGCCCCUCUCUCUGAACAACUGGUUAAACAGAAAGCAGGUUGGAUAGAUACGUAGCAACAGUUUUAUUUUGGUAAUUGAAUUACAAAAAUUAAUUAACCUGGAUUGUCAUAGUCAGUGCUUUGUUUGCUUCAUGAAUGAUUGACAAAUUAUCCUCAUAUUACUGGACCUUAGUGCCACUUUUGACACUGUGGACCACAAUCUGCUUAUUGGUUGUCUAGAACAGUGGGUGGUUUAACAGAGAGUGGCUCUUAAAUGGUUUACCUCCUACAGCAUAGGAUAUCCUCUGUGAAUGUCAGUGAUUUGGAGUUCCACAAGGUUCCAUCCUUCAUCUAAUGAGGGAACUUCAGCCAGAAGCAUAAUAUUUACUUUAAUUGCUAUGCAGAAAACAUACAGCUUUAUGUCUUCCCCUGAAACCACGUGAAAGCUGCUCCUUAAUGUCUCUCAUUAAUUGCCUUAUAAGGAUAUUAAGUGUUGGAUGGCAUCCAGUUUCCUGGCAAGUCAGAAGAUAGUAUAUUAUUUGAUCCUCCCAGUCACACUAACAGUCUUUUUAAGAAUCUUGAUCAAUAUCUGUUAAAUUUUAUGUCAAAAUCCUUUGUGUUUGAUUUGAUUCAGACCCAAACAUAGUCUGAUACAUUUGUUGUUGUUUUUUGUGUUGCUGUGUGUUUGUGUUAAUUUACCGUUUUAUGUAUUCAAAUUCUUAUUUGAUUUCUUGUACCAUUUUACUCAAUGUUCAGCACUUUGGUCUACACAGGUUGUUUUAAAUGUGCUUUUUAAAUAAAUCGUACUUAUUAUUAGAUGUCACAUUGGAUGGCACAAAUAUUUAAAAAGAAAGCUCCUGCUUGGUAAGCGAAAGAGACUAAUGUUGUCAUCCCUGUAUUAUGUAAUGUUUCAUGGAAGCAGUUUGAUAUUUUCCUGAUGGUACAGCUGAAGUAGUAAAACAUGUGACACACUAAUAUAGAAACUUUAUAGUUUAAUGAAUCCUGCUAAGUUUGCACUGUUUAGUUAGUUGGUUAGUUUAGUUAGUUAAUGCUAAAGUAAGUGGUUUACAUGUAAGCUACUGAUUUAGUCAAGUCAAGUGGAUUUUUUUGUCAUUUCUUUGUGUAGCUUGUAUACAGUGGAACAAAAUGUUGUUUCGCAAGGACCAUGGUCCAACACAUAACACAGUGACACAGUACACAGAACUACAUAAAGUGUUAGGGUCGGAAUCUGUGCAGUUGCCCUAGCAAACGGUGAGACAGCUGGUCAGGACACUCUCUAUGGUCCCUCUGUAGACGGUGGUGAGGAUGUUGAACUCCCAGCUUCUCUAACUUCACAAUGGUAAUAAACCAGAAUUUCUGACUUGAUAAUAUCUAUUGAACUCCCAUAAUCUCUGGCUUCACGAUGUGAAUAAACUCCCAAAACCUCUGAUUCAACAGUGAUAGACUCCCAGAAAAUCUGACUUCAUAAUGCAUGUUGAAGUCCCAGAUUGUCUGACUUCACUAUACUGAUAAACUCCCAGAAUCUCUUGCUUCAUAAUCCCCUUUAAACUCCCAUAAUCCCUGGCUUCACAACACUCGUAAACCCCCAGAUUCUCUGACUUCAAAAUGCUGAUAAACUCCCAGAAUCUCUUGCUUCGUAAUCCCUUUUAAACUAUUGAAUUUAUAUAUUUCUCAGUACUUUUUCCACCCCUGCCUGAAUUUAGAAUGCGCGGCGAUAAUGUACUUCAAUACCCAUGAAGCUUUGCACUGGACGCGGGAACGCGCGUGCGUAUGACGUAUUAAAUUUCAGCCGGGAGAAUCAAAGCAGCGUACAGCAAAACAGUGUCCGGAAACCUGACAGAGGCGGAGGAAGGCAGCAUGCAGAGAAAUAGUCGUCUGAAGCGCGAGCUGCAGAUGCUCAGUACCGAGCCUCCGCCUGGAGUUUCCUGCUGGCAGCUGCACGAGAGCGUGGAGGAGCUGCAGGCCCAAAUUGUUGGAGGUGCCAACACUCCAUAUGAUGGUGGGCUGUUUACACUGGAAAUAAAGAUCCCUGACAGUGUUAUUUACCUUAUUGUUCGAAGGUAUCCAUUUGAACCUCCCAAAAUGCGCUUCCUGACACCAAUCUACCAUCCCAACAUUGAUAACGCAGGCCGUAUUUGCCUUGAUGUGCUGAAAUUGCCACCCAAGGGAGCAUGGAGGCCCUCACUGAACAUCUCCACAGUGCUGAGCUCAGUACAGCUUCUCAUGGCAGAACCGAACCCAGAUGACCCAUUAAUGGCAGAUAUUUCCUCAGAAUUUAAAUACAACAAAGCAGUAUAUUUGGAGAAGGCACAAAGAUGGACGGUGAAAUAUGCAAAGCAAAAGAACAAGGGUCCUGUGGAAGCAGAACAGAACAUUCUUGAAGACAGAAGCAAUAAAACAGCACCAAAGAGAGAAGCACUUUCAGCACAAGAGAAUGUGGAACCUGCAAAAAGAGUGUGCAUGUAGUUGUGUUGAAGUGUACUAGUUGUCUUAAGAUUACUAUUUGUGUCCAUGGAUGUCUUACAUGUGUGCAUAUUUUUAAGUUCAAAAUGUUAAUAAAAUCUUGUAAAACAUAA